AAUAUUUUCAAAAAUAUUUCAGAUAAAUAGCGCACCAUAGUGUUAAAUCAAUAAGAAGUUUUCAACCAUUCGGAAAGUAAAACAAAAACAAAGAUUUCACUUAAUGCGCACUAAAUAAAAUAAAGAAACAUUUGCAGUGGGGUUUAAGAGGCCUUUAAGAAUUCGCAACAUAAUGCUAACAAUUUGAAAACAGUCACAACUCGUACUGCCGUUGUCAAUGUUAAGAAAUUUGUGAUAUAACGAGUUUUUCUUUUCUUUUUUUUUUUUUUUUUUUUUUGCUUUGUCUCUAUUAUUUUAUUUUUUCUUUUUCCGUUUUGUGCAAAUAUUUAUUGAGGUAGCUUCAGGGUUAAAUUAUGAUAUCCGUAAGUAAAUACAAUAACGGUGAAUUAAGGACAAAAGAAAGAAAAAAAAAAAAGGAAACUAAGAAAAAUAGUAAACACAAAGUCAUUCCAUAAAUACCGUCCACAGCAACAUGGUACACGGACCACCAGCUCGAAGAAAAUCCAGUACGAGCACAAAUAAUAAUCAAGAAAAAUGUGAUAAAGACUUAAAGGAUAAUGUGCUCGAUCCCUUACAACCUGUACCGCCGGAUGGUGGUUGGGGAUGGAUGGUCGUUUUUGGAUCAUUCAUGAUUCAUAUAAUCACCGAUGGCAUGACAUAUUCCUUUGGUUUAUUUUACAAUGAAUUCCUUAAUUAUUUUAAUGAAGGUAAAGGCUAUACAGCCUGGAUUGUAUCCAUAAUGGUAGGAGUAACAUUUGCCUCAGGACCAAUCUCAUCAUCAUUUGUCAAUCGUUAUGGUUGCCGGGCAGUUACAAUCGCUGGGUCAAUUCUGGCCUCGUUUUGUAUUGUUAUCAGUAUGUUUGCUGAGAAUGUUCUUACACUUAUCAUUACAAUUGGUUUUGGUACCGGCUUAGGCUUCGGUUUAAUUUAUCUACCGGCCAUAGUCAGCGUCAGCGUAUGGUUUGAGGCCCGACGUUCUUUGGCCACUGGUAUUGCAGUGUGCGGUUCUGGUUUCGGUACAUUUGUUUUUGCGCCUUUAACCGAACAUUUGAUCGGCAGUUUUGGUUGGAGAGGGGCAUUGUUAAUUAUUGGCGGUAUCGUUCUAAAUUGUAUAAUAUUCGGCGCCAUGUUCAGACCUUUAGAGCUACCCAAAGAGGCAAAGAUUAAGAAAAAAGCAUUAAUCGAUAACAAUGCCACACCUGCCGAGUUAGAGCCUUUGAAGCCGAAUCUACAGAAAGCUGAGCAGUGUAAACAAACGAUGCAAACAGAUACCGCCAAUGGCGUAAGCACAAUUAACUCUAUUCCCGGUCGUUCGAAUAGUGUAGAUUAUACAUUCAAAACUAGCGAGAACGGUGUAGUCAACGGUAAAUCGGAACUUUCCGCAGUCUCUAAAAGUUGCAGUAACGAUAAUAUAAUAAAAGCAUCGCUAAGUCAAACUCAUUUGGCCCAUAAGGAAAGAUCUGGUAGCGGUACCAUGUAUCGUCCAGAUAUAUUAUAUCAGGGUUCUCUUCAUAGCAUACCGGAAUAUGCACGUUCACGUACAGAUCUUUCUGGCUCGGCGAGUGCCAUCAACCGUUACGGUUCUGUUAAGCAUUCUACCCUCAGUGUAAAUCAGGAACAGGAAUUGGAAAAAUGUUGCGGUUGCUUUAGCUGUUCUAAAGAGACCCGUGAUACCCUAGCGGAAAUGAUGAAUUUCUCAUUGCUAAAGGAUGCUGUUUUUAUCAUAUUUGCCAUAUCAAAUUUUUGCACUAGCAUAGGUUUCAAUAUGCCUUACGUUUAUAUAGUCUCACAAGCGGAAGUGUUAAGUUUGAAUUCAGAACAAUCCAGCUAUCUAAUAGCGAUUAUUGGUGUAGCUAAUACAGUCGGCAGAAUUAUACUCGGUUAUAUAUCCGAUAAGCCUUGGGUUAACCGUUUAUGGAUUUACAAUUACAGUUUAACAAUAUGCGGUAUAGCUACAGCGCUAUGCCCACUAUGUACCAAUUUCAAUACGCUAGGCUUCUAUUGUGCAGUAUUCGGUUUCACUAUUGGUGCUUACGUGGGCUUGACUUCGGUUAUUUUGGUUGACUUAUUGGGUCUUGAUAAACUAACGAACGCCUUCGGUUUAUUAUUACUUUUCCAGGGCGUGGCCUCUUUUAUUGGACCACCAAUUGGCGGUUGGCUUUAUGACAUCACGACCUCAUAUGCACCUGCAUUUCUUUUAGCCGGUAUCAUGAUUGCUGUUAGCGGUUUGGUUAUGUUCAUUAUACCGCCACUGCAGCGGCAUGUAGCGAAAAAAGCCGAACGGAAAAAUGCUCAACAAAUUGCUUUAAGUUAGACUUUAAUGUUUUUCUUUCUUCUAUAUUUUUUUUUUUUUUUUUUUUCUCUCAACACGC